CCUUCAGCCAUCAUGUACUUUCUAUCUGUAUAUAAAAGCAAACCUACAUAGCUUGCACUGUUCCCACUCUCUCUUCAUCAAACACAAACCUUUUUUCUUUUCCACUUUCCACCCAUGGCAGAUCCUUACUCCAAUUUCUUCUCACCAAGUUUCUUCCACUCCCGCUCUUCAAACCCUUCACCCCACCACCACCAUCCAUAUCACAACAACUUCAUCAACCAAGCCACCACCACCACCAACAUCAACAACAACCACAACAGCUUUUUCCACUUCCACCACUUUCAAACCACUAUCACAUCUUCGGCUUGUUCUUGCUCUUCUUCUUCACCCCCCUCCCCUCCCCUCAGAAAAGCCCUUCCACUUUUGAGUCUCAGCCCUACAAACGAAGAAGAGGAUCAGGAUCAGUUUUGCACUGCCAUGGAUGUGGAAGAGGACUGCAACAGGACCCUACACUUCAAAGAGGAAGAGCAAGAAGAGGAUAGUGUCACUGUUGCACUGCACAUAGGGUUGCCAAACCCUAGUGCUGCUGAGAUAGCUUCUGUGCUGUCUUCAGCUUGUUCCACUGACAAAGAACAACAACAAGGAGGAGGAGGAGAUGGUGAUAACAACAAUAAUAAUAACAAUAAUGGAAGUGAGGAUUCUUCUUCAGGGUUCUUGUCAAACAGGCUCAACAAGGGACAGUACUGGAUCCCUACCCCUUCUCAGAUUCUCAUUGGUCCUACUCAGUUUUCUUGUCCUGUUUGUUGCAAAACCUUCAACAGAUACAACAACAUGCAGAUGCAUAUGUGGGGGCAUGGAUCACAGUACAGAAAAGGGCCUGAAUCUCUGAGGGGUACACAACCAACAGGUAUGCUUAGGCUUCCAUGCUAUUGUUGUUCCCCAGGUUGCAGGAACAACAUUGAUCACCCAAGAGCAAAGCCCCUAAAAGACUUCAGAACCCUUCAAACACACUACAAGAGGAAGCAUGGGAUUAAGCCCUUCAUGUGCAGAAAAUGUGGCAAGGCUUUUGCUGUGAGGGGGGAUUGGAGAACGCAUGAAAAGAACUGUGGGAAGCUUUGGUAUUGCAUUUGUGGCUCUGAUUUCAAGCACAAGAGGUCGCUUAAAGAUCAUAUCAAAGCUUUUGGGAGUGGCCAUGCAACUUAUGGGAUCGAUGGCUUUGAAGAAGAAGAAGAGCCUGCAUCUGAAGUAGAACAAGACAAUGACUUAGCCCCGUAAAAAAAUAAUAAGGAAAAUGGAACUGGUUUAAUUUUAUAUAUGUCUCUAUGUGAAUUAUCCUAUUCUUAAAUCUUGGUUAAUUUGUGAACUAAUUAUUUGCUAUGAGUACAUAUCCAUGGCUUCCCAUUUGAGAACUAUAUAUAAGCACCAAGUUUAGAUGGAGGCCAACCUAUUCUUCUUCUUCUUUGUGUUUCUUUUCUUUAUGUUGGAAUUCACACGCUGGUU